GGAGCUGAGAGUGACCCGGAAAAAAAGAGUAAACUUAACCUCUGUCACAUGGCGGCUCCCAAGGACUCAUGUUGGUGGUGGAUGAGGAGUUAGCCCAAGUUAAGUUUUCUUUUAAUUAAUCACAGUUGAGCCAUGGAGGCUAUGGGUUUGUUCUGAUGUGUGAAGGCAUCGCUAGGUGAGGAGUACGCCAUGUUGGCAUCAGUGGUUGCAGCCUCCAGAGGGAGCAUCAGGUCUUUGGUCUCUCUGAGUAGGAGACAGACCACCAACCAGCCCGGCUCCCCGAACAGAGUCGAAAGCCCCGCUCCUCUCCCGGACAGCGAGCCGGCCGCGGUGGAAGAGGAGCAGCGGCGGAAACCCACAAAAGACCCGAGCAGCCGCACCGUGUUCCUCUUUCCCGGCCAGGGCAGCCAAUUCGUGGGCAUGGGAAGAGGACUUUUAAGGUACCCCAACGUCAAAGAAAUGUUCUCAGUAGCUCAGAAGAUCCUCGGGUACGACUUGCUGUCCCUGUGCCUGGAGGGGCCCGAGGAGGAGCUGAUGAAGACGGUGCACUGUCAGCCGGCGGUGUUGGUCUGCUCGCUAGCUGCGGUGGAGAAGCUCAACUGUGAAAACCCCAAGGCUGUUGAGACAUGUGUUGCAGCUGCAGGUUUCAGUGUUGGAGAAUUUGCGGCUCUGGUCUUUUCUGGUUCCAUGAGCUUUGCAGAAGCUCUGUUUGCGGUGAAGGUGCGUGCAGAGGCCAUGCAGGAAGCCUCGGAGCUGGUUCCCAGUGGGAUGCUGUCAGUUGUUGGUAGACCUCAAGCUCAGUAUAAAUAUGCCUGUCUGCAAGCUAAAGAGCACUGCAAGAGUCUGGGGAUUGAGGAGCCGGUGUGCUCUGUGGCCAGCUAUCUGUUCCCCGAUGGCAGGGUCAUCGCAGGCCACCAACAGGCUCUGGAUUUCCUUCAGCAGAACUCUAGACGCCUCCAUUUCAUGAGGACCAAACUUCUCCCAGUCAGUGGAGCAUUUCACACCGAGCUGAUGGCAGCAGCUGCCGAACCCCUCAGAGAAGUUCUCAGACAGAUGGAGGUGCGGCGUCCUGAGAUCAGCGUGUACUCCAACAUCGACGGCAAACGCUACAUGAACGAGAGCCACGUGCGUAGACAGCUGGUGAAGCAGCUGAUGUCGCCGGUGAAGUGGGAGCAAACUUUGCACGAGAUCUACGAGAGGACGCAGGGAGAGAAGUUCCCUCACACCUAUGAGGUCGGACCUGGAAAGCAGCUCGGCGCCACACUUCGGAAGUGCAACAGGAAGGCCUUCACAACAUACACACAGGUGGAGGUCACCACUUAUGAAGACUGAUACUGAAAAGACAUGGACUCGGCGACAAAAACACCCAAGCAGUGGGAGGAAAAUGGACCUCGGUGCUUAUUUUAUCUCAGACAACAUGACCAGCAAGGUAAUCCUGCAAGCUCCUGUGGUUGCAUCAUCACAGUCUUGUUUGUGUAUUACUCUGAAAUUGAAUAAAAACAUUUUUUUCAAUAAUGAAA